AUGAAAUUUCCAAUUGAGACUCCAAGGAAACAGGUGAACUGGGAUCCUCAAGUGACUGUUCCAGCAGCUGUUCCCUUGGCGCGUGAACCUGAGAGCAAUAAGACUAAGGCACACAAUCCAGGGCCACGACUCUCUAUUUCGUCCCCCCGGGCAACUGUGAUCGCCAGCAUGGAAGCCCCAUCACAGGGUUUGCAGACGGUCAUGAAGUGGAAAACGGUGGUGGCCAUCUUCUUUGUGGUUGUGGCCUACCUGGUCACCGGGGGGCUUGUGUUUCGUGCCCUGGAGCAGCCGGAAGAAAGCAGGCAGAAGGACAGAACAGCCAACGACAAGGCAGAUUUCCUUUUGGAGAACAAAUGCGUAUCUCAACAGGAGUUGGAGGAAUUGAUUAAGAGGCUCAUUAAUGCUACCAGUGCUGGAGUCAAUCCUGUCGGAGAUCCCGUUAACAGCAGCAGUCACUGGGACAUCGGAAGUGCCUUUUUCUUCGCUGGAACCGUCAUCACAACUAUAGGGUAUGGAAACAUUGCCCCAAGCACAGAAGGUGGGAAAAUUUUCUGUAUUUUGUAUGCCAUCUUUGGGAUUCCACUCUUUGGCUUUCUGCUAGCCGGCAUUGGUGACCAGCUUGGGACCAUCUUUGGAAAGAGCAUCGCACGAGUGGAAAAGGUUUUUCGAAAGAAACAAGUGAGUCAGACCAAGAUCCGGGUGAUUUCAACCAUCCUCUUCAUCCUGGCUGGUUGUAUCCUCUUUGUCACUAUUCCUGCAGUCAGUUUCAAAUAUAUUGAAGACUGGUCAGUUCUGGACUCCUUUUACUUUGUGGUUGUCACUCUGACCACAGUUGGCUUUGGUGAUUUUGUGGCAGGAGGAAAUGCCGAAAUUCCUUACCGGGAGUGGUAUAAGCCCUUAGUAUGGUUCUGGAUCCUCGUGGGCCUUGCGUACUUUGCUGCUGUCCUCAGUAUGAUUGGAGAUUGGUUGCGAGUUAUUUCAAAGAAGACUAAAGAGGAGGUUGGUGAAAUAAAAGCCCAUGCGGCUGAAUGGAAAGCCAACGUGACUGCGGAGUUCAGGGAAACGCGGCGGCGUCUGAGCGUGGAAAUCCAUGACAAGCUCCAGAGAGCAGCAACGAUUCGGAGCAUGGAGCGCAGGCGGCUGGGGCUGGACCAGAGAGCCCACUCGCUGGAUAUGCUCUCUCCAGAGAAACGCUGCGUCUUUGCUGCCUUGGACAGUGGCCACUUGAAGGCUUCAUCUCAGGAAAGCAUCAACAGCAAGCCUAACAACCUGCGCCUUAAAGGGACGGAACAAUUGAGCAAGCAUGGGCAGGGGGCCUCUGAGGACAACAUCAUCAACAAGUUCGGCUCUUCCUCCAAGCUGACCAAGAGGAAAAACAAAGACCUGAAGAAGAGCAUCCCGGAAGACGUGCGCAAAAUCUACGAGACCUUCCGGAACUACUCCUUGGAUGAGGAGAAGAAGGAGGAAGAUUCUGAGAAAGGGUGUCUCUCGGAACAUUCCAGCACCGCCGUUCUCACCGAAUGCAUUGAGCAGCACAUGGGCCUCGAGAACGGGAUGAUCCCCAGCGAAACCAAAGAAAGGGAACACGAAAACAAAGCAUUACUUGAAGUUAGGAAUUAAAUGUGAAAACAGACAAAAACAAUGACCCUUGACUCUCAUGAACCAAUGUUAGUCUUUUAUAUACGUACAGGAUAUAUAUAUACAGAUAUAUCAAGAAGACAUGUGCCUUAUGCAGACUCCUAAUUCAGUCUGAUUCCAUAACAUCCUGGGAUAUUUCACUGUGCCAUAACAACCGAAGUUUGCUCUGCCAAAAGGAAUGACACUGGAAAAUGGCGUCUGCAGCUGGAAUAUUGGCAAUGACAGCCUACGUGUGCUUGCCAUGGAGGAACAUCCAGACACCAGGGUAAUACAGCUGGAAAGGCAAAUAACACAGCAGGAAUGUUUGAGAGCAAAGACAGACCUCUUAGAAGAGCAUUUCGGGAAGUGAG